AUGAGUGACAACGUGACAUCGGUGGUCCUUGCAGUGUCUGUGAUCACCCUAACUUUGGGAUAUAUUUCUAAACUGGUGCUCAAACAGUCACAAUCUUCUUCAGACGAAGACAAGGUAUGUACAUGAAAAAUAAAUCAGUUGAGAUAUAUAUAUAUAUAUAUAUAUUCACGCCUCAUCAUAGUCUAUUGCAUAUUGUGCAACAUCAAUUGACUUGUGUAUUGUAUUCCUGAAACUAAAUUAAUGUUUUUAUUUUCUCAGAAAUACCCACCAUACAUACCUUCUAGCAUUCCAUUUCUGGGUCAUGCCAUAGCAUUUGGGAAAAGUCCCAUUGAAUUUCUGGAGAAUGCAUAUGAGAAGGUAAGAAUACAGUACUGCUGCAAAGUAUACUUCAUAUAUUUUAGUGCUCAAAGUGCUACUUAUUUUUGUUUACAAAAUGUUACAAUAACUUAUUUCAUAUCAUACAGCUUUUGAACCUUACUGGUGUAUAGUGCCAUUUGAAAGUGCCAGUUAUAGUAGGUGCUAAAAUAAGGUUUAUUUUAUUUAUAUUCACAGUAUGGGCCUGUUGUCAGCUUUACCAUGGUGGGAAAAACCUUUACCUACCUCCUGGGUAGUGAGGCAGCCACACUGAUGUUCAACAGCAAGAACGAAGAUCUCAAUGCAGAGGAUGUCUAUUCUCGAUUGACCACGCCAGUUUUUGGCAAAGGGGUUGCCUACGAUGUACCUAACCAUGUAAGCUAAUAAAUACUUACUCAGAUACUCCCAUUCACACUCACAAAUGUAGAGAGAAUGUCCCCACACAUAAAGAAGUCUUGCCAGAAGUUUGUUUGUCCAUUGUUUCAUCACAUAAACCUAUCAUAAACUAAGUAUUGACUUAGCUAAUUAAGUCUAAUUUUGCCACUCAUUUUCUUUUGUAGAUUUUCCUGGAACAGAAGAAGAUGUUUAAGACAGGACUGAACAUCACGCAUUUCAAACAGCACGUUGAAAUCAUCGAGGAGGAAACUAAGGAGUACUUUUCACGAUGGGGAGACAGUGGGGAAGAAAGUAAGAUGACAGAGCCAUUACAACCGGUCUGAUAGUUUCUACAGUAUUCCAUGUGGAAAUAAAUCCAAAUGCCCAGUUCCAAAUCUACCCCUAGUCCCUACUUUAGCCACUUAAUGUAGACCUAAAAGGAUUGAAAAGACGUAAGCAGAAUUACACAUUUUCCACUUGGCCUAUCAGAUUGCAAAGUUGAAUUAUGAAUACAGUAUACUUAUUCAAUCCUUUCAGACCUAUAAGAGCUCAUGAGGUAGGGACUUGGUGAAGUACAGUGUCAACUGUUCAGAAAAUGACCCAUUUAGCACAAUUUCCCAUCAACAAGUUCUCUAGUAAUACCUCAUAACUAAAUCAAAUCAAAGUUUAUUGGUCGCAAACCCAGACUUGCAGAUGUUAUCGCAGGUGCAGCGAAAUGCAGUGUAGUAAUACCUAGCAAAACAAAACAAUACACACGUAAUCAAUGUGUUGUAAACUACUGUAAUACAGUUUGAACCUUGCCAUCCAUUUUAAGAUAUAGUUAAUUUUUUUCUGUAAAGGUAGGGUAGCGAUAUGACAUUACCAAAAGUAGUGUUUUAACAGAGCGACUUCUGACAUGAACAAGGAGAGUAAGAAGCAAGAGGCUAAUCUAGUCAAAAUGUGUUGUCACGUACUGUAGCAUUACGUUGCUCAAGAGUGCAGUGAUCUCCCAUGCACAUGCAGAUGCUUAAUGGAUUGCUAAUGACUGCAGCCUUUUGCUUCACACUCUUGAUAGAAUCUGUUUGCGAGUCGUUGCUGUUUAUGAACACAUAUCACUUGUUACACGUCAUAACAUUUGAGCCGUAGCGCACAGUCAAAGUUACAGUGCCUUGCAAAAGUAUUCAUCCCCCUUGGCGAUUUUCCUAUUUUGUUGCAAUACAAACUGUAAUUUAAAUGGAUUUUUAUUUGGAUUUCAUGUAAUGGACAUACACAAAUUGGUGAAGUGAAAUGAAAAAAAUUACUUGUUUCAAAAAAAUUAUACAAAAUAAAUAACGGAAAAGUGGUGCGUGCAUAUGUAUUCACCCCCUUUGCUAUGAAGCUCCUAAAUAAGAUCUGGUGCAACCAAUUACCAUCAAAAGUCACAUAAUUAGUUAAAUAAAGUCCACCUGUGUGCAAUCUAAGUGUCACAUGAUCUGUCACAUGAUCUCAGUAUAUACAGUGGGGGAAAAAAGUAUUUAGUCAGCCACCAAUUGUGCAAGUUCUCCCACUUUAAAAGAUGAGAGAGGCCUGUAAUUUUCAUCAUAGGUACACGUCAACUAUGACAGACAAAAUGAGAAAAAAAAAACAGAAAAUCACAUUGUAGGAUUUUUAAUGAAUUUAUUUGCAAAUUAUGGUGGAAAAUAAGUAUUUGGUCAAUAACAAAAGUUUCUCAAUACUUUGUUAUAUACCCUUUGUUGGCAAUGACACAGGUCAAACGUUUUCUGUAAGUCUUCACAAGGUUUUCACACACUGUUGCUGGUAUUUUGGCCCAUUCCUCCAUGCAGAUCUCCUCUAGAGCAGUGAUGUUUUGGGGCUGUCGCUGGGCAACACAGACUUUCAACUCCCUCCAAAGAUUUUCUAUGGGGUUGAGAUCUGGAGACUGGCUAGGCCACUCCAGGACCUUGAAAUGCUUCUUACGAAGCCACUCCUUCGUUGCCCGGGCGGUGUGUUUGGGAUCAUUGUCAUGCUGAAAGACCCAGCCACGUUUCAUCUUCAAUGCCCUUGCUGAUGGAAGGAGGUUUUCACUCAAAAUCUCACGAUACAUGGCCCCAUUCAUUCUUUCCUUUACACGGAUCAGUCGUCCUGGUCCCAUUGCAGAAAAACAGCCCCAAAGCAUGAUGUUUCCACCCCCAUGCUUCACAGUAGGUAUGGUGUUCUUUGGAUGCAACUCAGCAUUCUUUGUCCUCCAAACACGACGAGUUGAGUUUUUACCAAAAGGUUAUAUUUUGGUUUCAUCUGACCAUAUGACAUUCUCCCAAUCCUCUUCUGGAUCAUCCGAAUGCACUCUAGCAAACUUCAGACGGGCCUGGACAUGUACUGGCUUAAGCAGGGGGACACGUCUGGCACUGCAGGAUUUGAGUCCCUGGCGGCGUAGUGUGUUACUGAUGGUAGGCUUUGUUACUUUGGUCCCAGCUCUCUGCAGGUCAUUCACUAGGUCCCCCCGUGUGGUUCUGGGAUUUUUGCUCACCGUUCUUGUGAUCAUUUUGACCCCACGGGGUGAGCUCUUGCGUGGAGCCCCAGAUCAAGGGAGAUUAUCAGUGGUCUUGUAUGUCUUCCAUUUCCUAAUAAUUGCUCCCACAGUUGAUUUCUUCAAACCAAGCUGCUUACGUAUUGCAGAUUCAGUCUUCCCAGCCUGGUGCAGGUCUACAAUUUUGUUUCUGGUGUCCUUUGACAGCUCUUUGGUCUUGGCCAUAGUGGAGUUUGGAGUGACUGUUUGAGGUUGUGGACAGGUGUCUUUUAUACUGAUAACAAGUUCAAACAGGUGCCAUUAAUACAGGUAACGAGUGGAGGACAGAGGAGCCUCUUAAAGAAGAAGUUACAGGUCUGUGAGAGCCAGAAAUCUUGCUUGUUUGUAGGUGACCAAAUACUUAUUUUCCACCAUAAUUUUAAUUCCAGGUUGUAAGGCAACACAAUAGCAAUUCAACAAGUCACUGUAUCCAGUCAGCAAUUCUGACCUCUGUUCUCUUUCUCUCACUCAUUCACUCUUUCCAUCUCUAUCUCCACCUCUCUCGCACUCCUUCCUCUCUCCCCAUCUCGCUACUUCUCCCUCUCUCAGACCUGUUUGAGGCCCUGUCGGAGCUUAUCAUCCUGACGGCCAGUGCCUGUCUCCAUGGGAAGGAGAUCCGCAGCAUGUUGGACGAGAAGGUGGCCCAGCUCUACGCAGACCUGGACGGGGGCUUCAGCCAUGCUGCCUGGCUGCUGCCUGGCUGGCUGCCGCUGCCCAGUUUCAGGUAAGAGAAAGACUUCAUUCAUACUUUUCUGUCCUCAACCAAGGGUCAAUUCAAACUGUUCCACCUUCAGGUUAGGUUUUUUGUGUGAAAGACCAAAUUAGACUGAGUUACCAGAACGGUUUCUGGAAAUGAUUAUUCAUGAAACUUCAUUCAUACUGUCUCAUUGUUCUAUCCUCAAGUUAGGGUUCUGGGUGAUAGACUGAGUUGGACUUAAUUCUACUGUAUUCAUUCUGUAAUAGCAAUAUGAGAAUGUCUUACUUCGAUAAGGCAGGAAAAAACACAGGUUUUGUAAUUUUUGUACAGACGAAGGGACAGAGCACACAGGGAGAUCAAGAACAUCUUCUACAAGGUCACCCAGAAACGCAGAAGCUCUGGAGAGAAAGUGGACGACAUGCUGCAGACCCUCAUAGAUGCCACCUACAAGUAAGAUAUAAGUGGGACAGAUGCCAGUAUUAAUACAUACAGUGAGGAAAAAAAGUAUUUGAUCCCCUGCUGAUUUUGUACGUUUGCCCACUGACAAAGACAUGAUCAGUCUAUCAUUUUAAUGGUAGGUUUAUUUGAACAGUGAGAGACAGAAUAACAACAACAAAAAAUCCAGAAAAAUGCAUGUCAAAAAUGUUAUAAAUUGAUUUGCAUUUCAAAGAGGGAAAUAAGUAUUUGACCCCUCUGCAAAACAUGACUUAGUACUUGGUGGCAAAACCACCAAGGUCACAGAGGUCAGACGUUUCUUGUAGUUGGCCACUAGGUUUGCACACAUCUGAGGAGGGAUUUUGUCCCACUCCUCUUUGCAGAUCUUCUCCAAGUCAUUAAGGUUUCGAGGCUGACGUUUGGCAACUCGAACCUUCAGCUCCCUCCACAGAUUUUCUAUGGGAUUAAGGUCUAGAGACUGGCUAGGCCACUCCAGAACCUUAAUGUGCUUAUUCUUGAGCCACUCCUUUGUUGCCUUGGCCGUGUGUUUUGGGUCAUUGUCAUGCUGGAAUACCCAUCCACGACCCAUUUUCAAUGCCCUAGCUGAGGGAAGGAGGUUCUCACCCAAGAUUUGACGGUACAUGGCCCCGUGCAUCGUCCCUUUGAUGCGGUGAAGUUGUCCUGUCCCCUUAGCAGAAAAACACCACCAAAGCAUAAUGUUUCCACCUCCAUGUUUGACGGUGGGGAUGGUGUUCUUGGGGUCAUAGGCAGCAUUCCUCCUCCUCCAAACACGGCGAGUUGAGUUGAUGCCAAAGAUCUCGAUUUUGGUCUCAUCUGACCACAACACUUUCACAGUUCUGCUCUGAAUCAUUCAGAUGUUCAUUGGCAAACUUCAGACGGGCCUGUAUAUGUGCUUUCUUGAGCAGGGGGACCUUGCGGGCGCUGCAGGAUUUCAGUCCUUCACGGUGUAGUGUGUUACCAAUUGUUUUCUUGGUGACUAUGGUCCCAGCUGCCUUGAGAUCAUUGACAAGAUCCUCCCGUGUAGUUCUGGGCUGAUUCCUCACCGUUCUCAUGAUAAUUGCAACUCCACGAGGUGAAAUCUUGCAUGGAGCCCCAGGCCGAGGGAGAUUGACAGUUCUUUUGUGUUUCUUCUAUUUGCGAAUAAUCGCACCAACUGUUGUCACCUUCUCACCAAGCUGCUUAGAGAUGGUCUUGUAGUCCAUUCCAGCCUUGUGUAGGUCUACUAUCUUGUUCCUGACAUCCUUGGAUAGCUCUUUGGUCUUGGCCAUGGUGGAGAGUUUGGAAUCUGAUUGAUUGAUUGCUUCUGUGGACAGGUGUUUUUUAUACAGGUAACAAACUGAGAUUAGGAGCACUCCCUUUAACAGUGUGCUCCUAAUCUCAGUUUGUUACCUGUAUAAAAGGACACCUGGGAGCCAGAAAUCUUUCUGAUUGAGAGGGGGUCAAAUACUUAUUUCCCUCAUUAAAAUGCAAAUCAAUUUAUAAUUUUUGUUGUUGUUAUUCUGACUCUCACUAUUCAAAUAAACCUACCAUUAAAAUUAUAGACGGAUCAUUUCUUUGUCAGUGGGCAAAUGUACAAAAUCAGGAGGGGAUCAAAUACUUUUUUCCCUCACUGUAUGGGAUAAGUAUCUAUACCUCCCCACAGAACUGAAGUGAAUGGGUGUUUGGUUUAAAGGUGUUCUACAACUGUUUAACCAUUUUAGACUGAUUCCCCAUUUUAGUCGUAACUAUUUCUGCCCUUUUUAAGGGAUGGGCGGCCCCUGAAUGAUGAUGAGAUAGCGGGCAUGCUGAUUGGUCUACUCCUGGCUGGACAGCACACAUCCUCCACCACUAGUUCCUGGUUGGGCUUCUUCCUGGGCAAAGAUAAGGCCCUACAGAACCGCUGCUACGCUGAACAGAAAACUGCAUGUGGUGAAGACCUGCCCCCACUCAACUUUGACCAGGUUAUAAUCCAUAACUGGCAUAUUGCCAACUGCACAUAAAUGGCCAUAGACUACACUAGAACUUUGUUGUUGAAAAUAUGAAUUAUGUUUUUAUACUGGCUUACAAAUGUGUUAAGACUAUAUUCACAUAAUUAUAUUACAUAAUUGGUACAUUCAUUUGUAUGAAUUAUUUUGUUGAAACUUAUUUAGAUCAGUUUAUUUUUUGACCAUAUUCCAUUUAAACUGGGUAGUUGGAUAUUGUAUGUAAGCAACUUCAGCUUAGAACCGUUUUUCUAGACUGCUAAACCAUAAGUUCAGCUAUUCAUUUCGACAGUUUUGAUCAUUUAAAUAUUUGACAUGGUCUUUACUUACCUAGUCCUGUUCUCUUGUUCAUUCAUCAGCUGAAGGACCUGACUUUGUUGGACCGCUGUUUGAAAGAGACCCUCCGACUCCGUCCACCCAUCAUGACCAUGAUGAGAAUGGCACGCUCUCCUCAGGUAUGAUCAAUGUCAUUAUUUGUUGGGCAGUUACGAAUGCCCAUGAAGUUAUUCCUACUACCUUCAUAGAGAUUUUACAAUUCCAUUAGAAUAUCAGUAAAAAAAAAGUGUCAAUUGUUUUUGGGGACACUGAAUUUGAGAGAGAAAUGGCCAUAAUUUAAAUUGUCCAUAUAAAAGUUUUUUUUUUUUUUUUUUACAUUGAAAUGGAAUGGAGCCCCAACCCAGCUAAAUGCAUGUGUAUAAUAGGUGAGUGACCAUUGAACAACCCUGACCCUUUGCUUCCAUCCACCCCCAGACUGCAGCAGGCUACACCAUCCCAGCCGGCCACCAGGUGUGUGUGUCCCCGACGGUCAACCACCGUCUGCAGGACACCUGGACAGAGAGGAUGGAGUUUAGGCCUGACCGCUUCCUCAAUGAUAACCCUGCCGCAGUUGAGAAAUUUGCUUAUGUGCCCUUUGGAGCCGGUAAGAAUAUUUUGUUGUUAUUUCAUCCCUAUUAACAGCAUGUUAUAAGUUAGGUGAUCUGCCAUCUUUAAGAGAAAACAUGAGUGUCAAAGCAUAUACACAAUGGUAGGGGAAACAUCUGUAAUACAGUGUGUUCUCAUAUGUAAAUAAGUAUUUUGUCAGUAGGUAGGGCUCUUGCUCAAUAUAUGAAAAUAUGAACUUUACUACCAUACCAAGCUGUCUCACGCCACAAAGUUUCACCUGAUUUUACCCUCAUUACAAAACACUGAUGUUCUCUGUCUUCUAGGUCGACACCGCUGCAUUGGGGAGAACUUUGCCUAUGUUCAGAUCAAGACCAUCUGGUCUACCAUGCUGCGCCUUUACGAAUUUGACCUGGUCGAUGGCUACUUCCCCACAAUCAACUACACAACCAUGAUCCACACCCCACACAACCCAGUCAUCAGAUACAAGAGGAGGCAACACUAAAAGACACAGAGCAAAACACAGCAGAGAAGAGGUUACACCCAGGAGAAGAGCAAGGCUUUGUCCAAAAUGGCUUCCUAUUCUAUAGUGUACUAAUUUUGUCCAGAGCGUCAUAGGGCUGCGGCCAAAAGUAGUGCACUAUAUAGGAAAUAGGGAGCCAUUUCAGAGUUCCCUCAACAAACAACCUUACUUACCUUAAAUGGUUUGAUUUAGAGAAAAUUGUUGUACUUGGUGGAAAUCAAACAACUUUACUUUGUGUUGCCCUCACCUUAUGUUUACGAGUUGUUAGAAUGUACACUGAAUCAGUUUGUUUCUUCACUAACGGCUUCUCUUUUGUAGUCUAAUCCCAGAUUAGAUCUGUUUGUGCAGUUAUGCCAAUGACCAUAGGAUUUGGCUACAGUAUACAGCACAAACAGAUCUGGGACCAGGCUUAAUCUUUUGGCCAUUCUAUUUCAACUGUCAUGGUAAUACAUAUACAGUGAGCUCCAAAAGUAUUGGGACAGUGACAAAUUUCUUGUUGUUUUGGAUCUGUACUCCAGCACUUUGGAUUUGAAAUGAUACAAUGACUAUGAUAUUUAUGCCUCUGUGACUUUGAGGUUAAAGUGCAGACUGUCAGCUCUAAUUUGAGGGUAUUUUCAUCCAUAUCGGGUGAACCGUUUAGAAAUUACAGCACUUUUUGUACAUAGUCCCCCAAUUUUAGGGGACCAAAAAUAUUGGUACAAAUUCACUUAUGUGUUUUAAAGUAGUCAGAAUUGUAGUAUUUGGUCCCAUAUUUCUAGCACGCAAAGAUUACAUCAUGCUUGUGACUACAAACUUGUUGAAUGCAUUUGCUAAUUGUUUUGGUUGUAUUUCAGAUUAUUUUGUGCCCAAUAGAAAUGCAUGGUAAAUAAUGUAUUGUGUCAUUUUGGAGUCACUUUUAUUGUAAAUAAGAAUAUAAUGUUUCUAAACACUUCUACAUUAAUGUGGAUGCUACCAUGAUUACAGAUGAUCCUGAAUGAAUCAUGAAUAAUGAGUGAGAAAGUUAGAGGCAUAAAUAUCAGUCAUUGUAUCAUUUCAAAGUACAGAGCCAAAAGUACAGAGCCAAAACAACAACAAAUGUGUCACUGUCCCAAUACUUUUGGUGCUCAGUGUAGGCUUUCAAGCUUCCACUGUCUGAAAUGUGAUAGUCUUCUGUGUGUAUGAGUGACACUAUUACAGUAAGGAUGGAUAUUACUGGAGUAAAAAGCACUGCCUUUUACAGAGCAGUGAGAAAUAGUAAAACCACUGAUCCUUCAAAGAGAUCAGUGAUCAAACUGACGAGCACUGACUGUAUGUACUACUGCCCAUUCAUAUAAUUGUACAAAGAUAAGAGGACCUGAGCUGGGUCAAACAAAGAAAAGGGACUUGAAACAGGGAGGGACAACCUGCACUUGCUCAACAAGACACAUUUCUGUUUUCUGCUGUGUGCCCUAAUAAACACGACUAAGUGUAUUGAGUGGGAAUGUUAGAAGGUCAGGGUAAUAUGGGUCAGUAUGACCAAUGUAGUGCCGUGACAAUGGAAAAUUAUUAGUCAAUUUUGUUUUGAUUGAUUUGACUAUUUGAAGCCUAGUUUUGUGAACAUUGGCCCUUUAUAUAUAAAAAAUAAUGUCAGAGAUGAUCCCAUGUGAAUUCCAGGAGGCAAAAUCUCAUGUCCAAUUUGUCUUUACACCAUAAUUGCAUUGACUGUACAUUUACCCCAUAACAGAUUCACAUUUUAGUUAAUGUUUUAUUUUGUUAUACAACUGUUAGAACGAAUUAAAUGUGUACCUGUAAAAUCAAAUUGUUGUGUCAUGAAGCUGAAUUAAAAAAAACGUUGCGACCACAUCUUCCAAGUGUUAAAAUUCAUAUUUAUUUCAGUUUUUGACAAAAUACCCAGAAAAUUCAAACCUCCUACCUUUACAAAAAUAUGUCUUCUACAAAUUGUCCUCUGUAGUCUGUCCAAGAUAUCAUUCUAAUAAAACACAGUGUGGUGUAUAUAGAUCCUGUAGCAGCCUCUUCAACAGUAAAGUCAAACAUUCUCCAUGGCAGAGUUCUCCCAACUCCCAUCCUGGAGAGCUACUGGGUGUGUAGGCUUUUGUUCCAGCCCAGCACUAACAACAAUUUCCAAUAAUCAACCAAUCAUGGUCUUCCGUUUAAGAAACCACGGUUACUUUAAAUCAGGCGUGUUAGUGCUGGGCUGGAGCAUAGACCUGCACGCCCACCCGGUUCCUAUCCAGGACUGGAGUUCUCCGGAGAAGCCUGCUCUACGUAUUCUUCCACCCACACAAAGUAACAUACACAGUAUAAAUUAAAUUAUUCCAGGUUUUUCUUUUAAAUUAGCAUUCCACAAAUAUACAUUUAACAUGAUUGUGUUCAUCCACAACAAAGAGGCAGACCAAAGUUUACAAACAUAGAAGCUGUUUCAAGUGCUGGCGACAAAAAGCCCGAUUAUAAGAUGUCUACACACAAAAAACGUUUGUUGGUCCCCACGUAAUAUACUGUACACAGCAGAAUGAUACAAAAUACCGAAGCUCAGCACAAGAAAAGGCAACUGAGUUUCUUCAAGCCAGUUCCAAUGUAAAUUAUAGACUUAUCUUUUUAUUCCAAAGUUUAAUUGAGCAUAUGAAGAAGAACCUAGGAAGGGCAAAAUGAAGUGGUUUAGAUCCCAAGACUGAACUCUUGACAAGAACAUUGCAAGCAUCAUCUGCACAUAUUUUGUUUAGUGAUUGAAUGAGAGGGCAAUUUCUGCUUAUGGCAUUACAGUAUUUAACUCUAGAUUGUGUGAGGUAGUAUGGUUGGAAGUGUGUGUGUGUGUGUGUGUGUCUUACCUGACUGCACGCUCCCCAGUCUCCUCUGCAGGGCCUCCAGUCUGGAGAUGUAGUCGGUGAGCGCUCGGUCAGGGUCGUAGUUCUGGAGGUGGGAGCAGGUCAGAGUGCCAGGGUCCCCAGCCAUGUGGAACCUGUGUUGUGCAGAGGAGAGGGCGGACCUGGGGGAGUCUCGUCCAGUUCGUCCCCUGAUGGCACCUCUCCUCUCCCCGUACACCUCCACACUCCCCGGUUGCAGGUAGGGUGAGUCUGUCCUCACCUCAUUACCUGAAGAGGAAGAGAAACCGUUGUCAGUACUCUGUGGGGGUUUUCUCUCACAAAACAGGAUCAAUGAGUCAGCCAAUGAAAAGGUCAUUAUUAAUUUUCUGGUUUGUAUUGAACCUGGCAUUUUAGAAUAUUCAGGUUAUUUAUUUAGGUUAGCUAGCAUUGUGGACCACCUGAUCAAUCAGCACUUCAUUGACUACAAGUGUGUAAGCCUAGGUUAGCCUAGCUUGGUUCUUUACCAUUUAACUAAAUAAUCAGUUCAUUCAUUCCAUGUGAUUUUCCCAGUACAUUUUCCUUGUGUUGGUAUUGUGUGAGGGAAUGUGAUUUUCAUACCUGGUGACAGUCCCAGGCCGUUUCUGUUCACGUUGACAGAUGUUAUGGAGCUCAUCCCCGUAGCUUUAUGCCAUCGCUUGACCAGGAAACGCAUUCUGGAAGAACAGAACAGGCUGAUUCAAAAAGAUGUGCUAGAGCACAUGCCAAACUUGUUCCACGGAAGGCUGAGUGUGCAGGUUUUCGCUCCUCCCUUGAUUGAUUAACUAAGGUCACUGAUUAGUAAGAAACUCCCGUCCCUGAUUGUCUAGGUCUAAAUUGAAAGGAAGACACUAGGCCCUCCAAGGAAUGAGUUUGACACCCCUAGGCUAGAGGACCAUUAGAGUACAGAGGACCAUUAGCCUACAGUACUAUCUACCAGAACAAUCCAUCCGUGUUUAUCAAAAUAACUACUGAUAUUGUAUGAACUCAUAAUAACAGUCGUUCACAAUCCAGCACCUGUUUUUGAAAUAAUAACUAAUCAGCUACAGUGAGGGAAAAAAGUAUUUGAUCCCCUGCUGAUUUUGUACGUUUGCCCACUGACAAAGAAAUGAUCAGUCUAUACUUUUAAUGGUAGGUUUAUUUGAACAGUAAGAGACAGAAUAACAACAAAAUAAUCCAGAAAAACGCAUGUCAAAAAUGUUAUAAAUUGAUUUGCAUUUUAAUGAGGGAAAUAAGUAUUUGACCCCCUCUCAAUCAGAAAGAUUUCUGGCUCCCAGGUGUCUUUUAUACAGGUAACGAGCUGAGAUUAGGAGCACACUCUUAAAGGGAGUGCUCCUAAUCUCAGUUUGUUACCUGUAUAAAAAGACACCUGUCCACAGAAGCAAUCAAUCAAUCAGAUUCCAAACUCUCCACCAUGGCCAAGACCAAAGAGCUCUCCAAGGAUGUCAGGGACAAGAUUGUAGACCUACACAAGGCUGGAAUGGGCUACCAGACCAUCGCCAAGCAGCUUGGUGAGAAGGUGACAACAGUUGGUGCGAUUAUUCGCAAAUGGAAGAAACACAAAAUAACUGUCAAUCUCCCUCGGCCUGGGGCUCCAUGCAAGAUCUCACCUCGUGGAGUUGUAAUGAUCAUGAGAACGGUGAGGAAUCAGCCCAGAACUACACGGGAGGAUCUUGUCAAUGAUCUCAAGGCAGCUGGGACCAUAGUCACCAAGAAAACAAUUGGUAACACACUACGCCGUGAAGGACUGAAAUCCUGCAGCGCCCGCAAGGUCCCCCUGCUCAAGAAAGCACAUAUACAGGCCCGUCUGAAGUUUGCCAAUGAACAUCUGAAUGAUUCAGAGGAGAACUGGGUGAAAGUGUUGUGGUCAGAUGAGACCAAAAUCGAGCUCUUUGGCAUCAACUCAACUCGCCGUGUUUGGAGGAGGAGGAAUGCUGCCCAUGACCCCAAGAACACCAUCCCCACCAUCAAAAAUGGAGGUGGAAACAUUAUGCUUUGGGGGUGUUUUUCUGCUAAGGGGACAGGACAAUUUCACUGCAUCAACGGGACGAUGUACGGGGCCAUGUACCCUCAAAUCUUGGGUGAGAAACCUCCUUCCCUCAGCCAGGGCAUUGAAAAUGGGUCGUGGAUGGUUAUUCCAGCAUGACAAUGACCCAAAACACACGGCCAAGGCAACAAAGGAGUGGCUCAAGAAGAAGCACAUUAAGGUCGUGGAGUGGCCUAGCCAGUCUCCAGACCUUAAUCCCAUAGAAAAUCUGUGGAGGGAGCUGAAGGUUCGAGUUGCCAAACGUGAAGCUCGAAACCUUAAUGACUUGGAGAAGAUCUGCAAAGAGGAGUGGGACAAAAUCCCUCCUGAGAUGUGUGCAAACCUGGUGGCCAACUACAAGAAACAUCUGACCUCUGUGAUUGAUAACAAGGGUUUUGCCACCAAGUACUAAGUCAUGUUUUGCAGAGGGGUCAAAUACUUAUUUCCCUCAUUAAAAUGCAAAUCAAUUUAUAACAUUUUUGACAUGCGUUUUUCUGGAUUUCUUUGUUGUUAUUCUGUCUCUCACUGUUCAAAUAAACCUACCAUUAAAAUUAUAGACUGAUCAUGUCUGUCAGUGGGCAAACGUAGAAAAUCAGCAGGGGAUCAAAUACUUUUUUCCUUUACUGUAUAAGCUUGAUUAAGGCUUUUAAUAAGUAUAAUUUUGCUAUAAGCUCAUCAUAAAUGCCUUUAAACUGCAGAGCAUUAUAAUUUAGCAGCUAUAGCCUCACAACAACAACAGUCUACGCUGCUCUGUUUAUCCGGAGAGGGCGAUAUGCUAAUAAUAAAACCCUUAAACUGUGGAGUAUGUUUGCAUGAUCAUAAGCAAUCAGCUAUACUAACAGGUGCAACACCAUCCUACCACUCCAGUUCCCAUUGUUUACCUGGAGAGGGCGAUGGAGACACGGACGGCCGAGCGGAAGCGCGUCAGCCCCCGGCGGCUCUGCGUCAGGGACUCCAGGCUGCAUUGGGAGGGCCGGCUGCCCAUGCGGGCGAUGAUCGACAGCGUGGCUUCCUCGCACUCCUGGAAGCCGCCGAGCAGCAGCAGCAGGUACUUCUUCUGGUAG